AUGCAUUUUUAAAUAUUGAUGUAAAAUCUAAUUAUCAUUCAGAAAUAUAUUCAUAGGAGCUGUGAUUGCCAUUUAACUAAACUGUGAUAAUCUAUGUGAUGGUGAUCAUUAUUGCUAUUUUAGUGAAUGUUAUUCAUGUAAUUAAUUCAGAAAAGAUUGUAAGAAAAUAGAAUAAUCUUAUAGGGGAAUAAUAAGUACCAGAUUAUGGAGUUAUAAUUGGUUAUGGUAAUAAGAUACCUGCAUAUUCUUGCUAAAAUGACACUUAGCAUAUAGCUGAACUUAAACAUUAUUUAUAACCAUAAGAAUCUGGUUUAAAUUAAACAGUUUAUGUUGGAAUGAAGUUCUUUAUUUAUAUUUUCUAAAUAGAUAUUAGUGUGUUCAUUAUGCAAGAUAUUAUUGGAUUUUGAAAUAUGGAUCUGCAUUUCCUGAUGUUGACACAGCUGAUCAAAUUUAUGAGCUAGAUUUUGCAUUUGAUUAUUAAAAUGGAGGUAAGAGAAAGAUUCUACAGUUUAAAAAUGGAGGAUAGGAAAGACCUUUACCAGGAGAUUUAUUAAUUUGGAAUAAGAGUUAACCAAAUUAUCCUUAUGGACAUGUUGCAGUAAUUUUGGAUGUUUAAUUAUCUGAAAAUCAACCUUAUGUUACUAUAGGAGAGUAGAACUAUGAUGAUAUUUGGGAUUCUUAAUAAUAUGCUAGAAAAUUAAAAGUUGCAAAAAAUAACUUAGGAAAUUAUUACAUUAUUAAUUAACGAGAGAUAAGUAAUUUACAUCCAUAAGAAAAAUGUAAAGAUUAUAAUGGAAGUGCAUAUGAUGUUAUUAUUGGAUGGGUUAGACUGAUAUGA